CCAAAAAACACAAAUUCAUGGUUGAAUAUACCAGAAGUGAUGGGGAAACAGGGUGUGGUAAUAGCAAACAGCUACGUUUAUGAGGAGCCAAAUAACGAGCCCAGGGAUCGAGGCAAACUAACUGUGGAUGAAACUGUGGAUGGAAAUGAUGGCAUGUCGCCAAAUUUAGGGGAAAACAGCAUGGUAGUAGCAACAGAUGGUAGUCUGAAAGUUUGGCAGCUCGUUGUAAUUGUUCUGUUUGCAUGUUUUGGCAAUGCUACAACAUACAUACCACGCUCCUACUAUACUGGAUUUUACAUUGAUUAUCUCAUUAGCAGGGACCUGAACACAACCUCUGGUUUAACUGCACUAUCAACAAUGUUGAUAACACAAGCGAUAGCGCCCUAUCUGAUGUCUCUUCUUCCUAGUUUCAGAUCACUGCCUCUAACCAGACGAUGUUUUCUUCUCAUCAUUGGGAACAUCCUCUGUUUCUUUGUCAUGUCAGGUGUUGACGCGAUGGUGGAUAAAGACCCUAGUGGUAAUCUUGUAUUCAGUGUUAUUGGGGUGGUCAGAGCUGUCCAGGGCGUGUGUGCUGGAAUGCUGUUUGUUAUUGUACAGGGAGAGAUUGUAGAUAUGUAUCUAGCGGAAAAGAAGACACUAAUGGUGAUAAUAAGUGGGGCGAUGCACUUGGCAAUAGUAAUUGCAAUAGUACUCGGGACAGAGCUCUACAUAACGGGAGGCUGGUUAAUGACCGGUUUUCUAAUCGCCGUGUUUGAUAUCAUCCCCGUCUUACUACUACCAGUUAUUGGAAGUAUCAUAAAAAGGACAACCCAUGAUCUGAAUGACAAAACAUCACAGCUGAAUGACACCAAACCAGCUGUCAGUGCAGAGGGCAAUGUUCUAAAAGACAAACCAACCAGGCUGCAACAGUUUGUCUUCUUUCUUCCCGACCUGGCUGUUUUCCUGAACAACAUAGCCUACAUUCUCCUCACAUUUGCCAUUCCAGUUAGGAUCAAAGAGUUCACGGGGAAGUCUCUGAGAACAGCAGCUCUGUUCAGCACACUAAUGGUGGUAUUCUCGUUUGUAUCCAGCAUGGUUUUAGGUUUUCUGUUGAACAAGAGAUUCGGUCCUACCAUCGUCAUGUUGGUAGGUAAUGUGGUGUUUUACGUUGGUGCCGUUAUGUCUUACGGAUCAACAACUGAAUUUCUCGCCUUCCCCGGUUCAUUUGAGCUAGGAUCUGUGCUGAUAGGGAUAGGAAACGCCGCUGUCAUCAACAUAGCUGUGAUGAGUAAGUUUAGUUUGUACGAGAAAUGGCAGGUUAAGACGAAGGGUCUAGCUGAGCGAUCAACAGCCGUCUUCAACUUCUCUCUCUGCAUUUCCCAAGCUUUAGCGACUGUAAUGGGAGGACUGACUAUCACCAGGGCAAGUGAGGUUCCUACUAUUUGUGCUGCUGCGGUGGCUUGUUUUGUUAAUGUGGUGGGCUUCCUGGUGUGCUUGUUAGUGAGGUGAGCUGGUGUUGUUGGAAUGUGGUGGGCUUCCUGUUGUGCUUGUUAGUGAAGUGAGCUGGUGUUGUUGGAAUGUGGUGGGCUUCCUGUUGUGCUUGUUAGUGAGGUGAGCUGGUGUUGUUGGAAUGUGGUGGGCUCCCUGUUGUGCUUGUUAGUGAGGUGAGCUGGUGUUGUUGGAGUGUGGUGGGCUUCCUGUUGUGCUUGUUAGUGAGGUGAGCUGGUGUUGUUGGAAUGUGGUGGGCUUCCUGGUGUGCUUGUUAGUGAGGUGAGCUGGUGUUGUUGGAAUGUGGUGGGCUUCCUGGUGUGCUUGUUAGUGAGGUGAGCUGGAGUUGUUGGAAUGUGGUGGGCUUCCUGGUGUGCUUGUUAGUGAGGUGACCUGGUGUUGUUGGAAUGUGGUGGGCUUCCUGGUGUGCUUGUUAGUGAGGUGAGCUGGUGUUGUUGGAAUGUGGUGGGCUUCCUGUUGUGCUUGUUAGUGAGGUGAGCUGGUGUUGUGGGAAUGUGGUGGGCUUCCUGUUGUGCUUGUUAGUGAGGUGAGCUGGUGUUGUUGGAAUGUGGUGGGCUUCCUGUUGUGCUUGUUAGUGAGGUGAGCUGGUGUUGUUGGAAUUUGGGUUUGAGAGAAAUUUGAUUUAAACAGUUUCUGUUAAGAUAAUGGAAUGGGUCUAAUUAGUUGAAGGACAAUAUUGGUGGUAUAUUUAAUUUGAGGAGUCCUUACUCUCCUCACGUCC